UCCAAUUCCCAAAUAUUGCUUCAUUUCUCUUUACCCAUUUUUUAUUCUUUCUUCGGUAAUUGCUUCAAUGUGGGAAUGUGGGUGACAACAUUAAAUAUAGAUAUAGAAAGUCGAAUCUUUUGAUCAAAUUCUUGAGUGGCAAAUGAAGCUUACUUUUCUAGUGAUCUGGCUGCGUUUCUUCUCCGGUAAUACAGGGUCAAUGUAUGGUAAUUGGUGUUACAAUAACAAUAACAAAAACAGAAACAAAAAAUAAUAGGUGAAAGGCAUCCCAAUACCAAAUGUCAGCGACUCUUGCAGCAAUACUAGGAGGUGCUGCAGGAGCCGUGGUAUUGGUGGUUAUAAUUGUUCUCCUCAUAUGCUUCUGCCUUUCUCACCAUAGGAGUCUUUCUAGAACUUCCGAGACCGGUUCUUCUGAUCCUUCCAUUCAAGCUGGAAGACAUGCUGGGGUUGAGUUGUUGAUACGAGAAACAAGGCGUUUUCAGAUGGAAGAACUGUCUCACGCUACGAAAAAUUUCAGCGACAAGAAUUUGAUCGGCCAAGGAAAGUUUGGGGAGGUAUACAAGGGUUUGCUUCAUGAUGGGAUGCUAGUUGCCAUCAAGAAGAGAUCUGGAGCGCCUACUCAAGAAUUCAUCGACGAGGUACACUAUCUCUCACCUAUACAGCAUCGGAAUCUCGUUACUCUUUUGGGAUACUGCCAGGAAAAUAACCUACAGUUUCUUGUGUACGAAUAUAUUCCUAAUGGAAGUGUUUCCAGUCACUUGUACGGCGCAGGUCAACAUUCACGCGAGAGGCUAGAAUUCAAGCAUAGACUUUCAAUAGCUCUAGGGGCAGCUAAAGGUUUGGCCUUUCUUCAUUCUCAGAGUCCCCGCUUGCUACAUAAGGAUUUCAAAACAGCCAACGUUCUUGUAGACGAAAAUUUCAUCGCCAAGGUUGCAGAUGCUGGACUCAGGAAUUUCCUAGGAAGAGUCAGUAUUGCUGGUCCUUCUUCUCAAGUGACAGCCGAUGAAAUCUUUCUUGCCCCAGAGGUGAAAGAGUUCAGACGAUUUUCCGAGAAAAGUGAUGUCUAUAGUUUUGGAGUAUUCCUUCUUGAGCUAGUGAGCGGGCAAGAAGCAACAGAAGCUGCAUUGUCCAAUUCGAGUCAGAACCUGGUUGAGUGGGUGCAAAAUGUGGAAGAUAAUAGCAACAUGUCAAGCAUAAUAGAUGAGAGAAUGGGGAAUAGCUUCACAGCAGAAGGGAUGGAAGAGGUGAUAGAGUUGAUAAUCCAAUGCGUUCAACCUUCAAGCGAGAGGCUUCCAGUGAUGAGUUAUGUGGUGAUGCAAAUUGACAAGAUUCUUGAGAAAGAGAUGAGCUUGACCACUGUCAUGGGUGAAGCCACCCCAACUGUCAUCCUUGGAAGUCAGUUAUUUAAAGCCUCCAAAUAAAAUCUUUAUAUAUAUAUAUAUAUAUACACGCGCACACACACAUAUAUAUAUAUAUAAAAGAAAUCAUCAUUGUUUGCGUUCCAAGAGUUAAAUAAAACUGUUAAGAGUGCCAUAUUUGUGAAAUACUCGUGUUAUUAUUCUUUUUUUUCCUAAUUACCUUUUACACCAGAUUUGAAGAGAUCCAGCUGUAAGAUAAGUGUAUAAAGAACAGCUGCAUUUUUUUUUUCUUUUUUU